GAAUAAGUCGUAGUAAUUGUUUAUUCUGUUCAUCCGCCCCUGUGCAUUUAACUGUAAAGCCAUAAAAACAGACCUUGAUCUUCAUUUUGAGAGGUGGAACCUACUCUGGGUACCAAUUAAUAAAUUGUUUAUGUAUGUAACGGUACCGGUAGGUAAGUGGGAAAAGUUUGCUUUAGUUUCGCAAGUUUUAAAGGUGAGUCCCAUUCAUAUUUAUUUUCUUAUUGCGUAUUUGGAUACAAGUGCUGUCACAAGUUGUUACUGGUUUAUAGCUGUUUACAGUGUUAACAAUCUCACUUUCACCGCUGCGAUGUUCCGCAUUUUCGUUUUGUGCGCGUUGUUCGCAAUCGUUCGCGCUGGAGGAGUAUCGAAGGCGACCGUCAAGAUACAGGGCGAUACAGUUUCGGGUACCGUCACGUUUACUCAGCAGGGCGCGACAGUUCUAAUUCAGGGGGAAAUCAGUGGUUUGUCACCAGGAAAACACGGUUUUCACAUCCACGACAAAGGGGAUUUGUCGAACGGAUGCACUUCCGCUGGACCCCAUUUUAAUCCUUACAAGAAAAACCAUGGGGCGCCUUCGGCACAAGAUCGUCACGUUGGCGAUUUAGGAAACGUCGUCGCCGGGCCCGACGGCGUCGCCCGCAUUGAUUUCACCGACGGCCUCAUUAGUUUAGGUGGAGAACGGUGCAUAAUUGGACGAGCCCUUGUCAUACACCAGGGCGAAGACGAUUUGGGCAAGGGUGGAAACGAGGAAUCGCUCAAAACUGGUAACGCCGGAGGGCGGCUCGGCUGCGGAGUUAUUGGAAUCUUGGCAGAAAACUCAAGUGGAUACUUGCUGAGCUCUCCAAGCCUUCUACUGGCGCUACUUGCGUCCAUCACAUUAUAUUAAGAUUAUAAUUGUUAUUAGCUACUCGUACUCGUAUUAUAAUAAUAAAUAGAAUCGACCUUUC